GUACAUAUAGAUGCAUAAGCAGUACAUGAUCAAAUUUUCUAAGAAAAAGCCCAUAGCCAGUCGAGUCCUUAUGUUUUGCAUACAUACGUGUGUAUGACAUCUGUAGCGCAAGAAAGUCCUCAAGUCAUGCCCUUGUCAUCUGCAUAAAACGCUCCAAUUAUUGGCCAGCUUUACUCUGUUAAACAUAUAUUUUCUAAUCGUAUUAGUGAAAUCUAAGUUUUUUACCGCGCAGAACUCAUCAAUAAGAUAGAAUACUCCGUACCAUCCAUCCUGCAACGUCGCCAGUAUUCCCCAUCAUAAUACGAACAGGGACUACGGGAAAAGUCCUCUUCAAAGGGUUGGAAUGUCUUACAGGACAAAGAGCAGUGGUGGAUGCUUUUAUGACUUGGGAUGAAGUUUUUCGCACCAAGUUUGGCGUACAUGUUGACGCGAACGAGUACCGCGUACAGCGACAACCCAACAAAUAUCCGGACGGAUACAAAGCAACAAAACAUAAUCUGAAGGAGAAGGUAAAACUGUUGAUGCAGGAAUAUGCACAUCCAAAGAGUGUGUUUUCCAUCUAUUUGAUUAAAUGGAUAAGGCCUGGGGUUUCAAUCAGUUCAUUAAUGCCUAAACUUUCCCCAGAGGUCCAGGUGCAAGGGAAAAGAGUCGGGGUGAAGAAACGCAAGACCAUUAAAAAUAAGAAGAAGAGGAAUAAUUCAUCAUCUUCAUUUGUUCCACCGAUUUCGGGAGAGAGGUCACAACUGGAUCAAGUUCAGGACAAGGAAUCUUCCAACCAACUGGAGAGAACUAGUUCAAAUUAUGUACAAAAGAUAUUGGACACCACCAGUUCGAAAAGUGUGCAGAACUGGAAGAGGUCUCAAGGAAAGAGCAAUAAUGAAACAGUUCAAACGCAGCCAGGGUCAUCUGGUAAUAUCAGUAAUCGAAAUCUGUACCGUGGUCGUACUGACAAUAAACUUCCAGAGUUUCGUGAAGCUAGUGGAUCACGAGGUCCACGCUUGAAAGAUUAUGACUUCAAUGACGACGACGCGGGGAGUAAUUCCUCCACUGGUAGCCAGGACUCCCAAUUGGAUGAGUUAUUCAAACAGAACGUCCAGCACGACGAUGUCAAAACGACGUUCUACAACAAGGCGAACAAACACUAUUCAAAUACUCAAUUGCUGAGAUUGAGACACGAGAUGAGGACACUUAAAGAGAAUAGCCGUAAAUGGAACAAAUGGAUUCUUUCGGCUCCCAUCACAGCGAACAUUAUCCGAGAAUUGCUUGACAUUUAGAUUUUAUUUAUACAUUUUAUACUAAUUUAAAAAAUUAUCUUAAUAUUUUUAUUUGUGUGCAAAUGAAUGGGCAUACAAAGGAUAAAAUAAAUGUACAUGAACAAUUUAUAUCGUAAA